UUUCAAUCUGAAACGAAGUACGACCGAACUGUUGCCCUGUCAGUAGAUUUGAUUGUGGGAUGGAAGGCAGAAGGCGCUUACUCGAAGAGCCCCUCCUAUCAACGAAGCUCUAUCCUUAACGCGCAGGUUUAACGGUGAUGUAGCGUGGCAUUCUCGUCCCAGCUUGUAUUGACGGACAGGUGGGAUGCAGUGCAAGGCAGACAGGAGUUUACAGCGCUAAUUUUCAUAUAAAGUUGAUUCAACGUUCGGGAUGGUCUGGGCAUUAUGAAGAAGUGUUGACAUAAAGUACAGUCGACAAACUCUGGUCGUAUUUUAGCGUUGUGGAUUGGAAUGUUGUGUCGGUAAAUUGAAUUUAGAUCCAACAGAAGAAGCGACUCUGCACGGAGGGGUUUGUGACGUUGAGUGACAGGAUUGGUGGCAACGUCAUCGGCCGUUGUCGUGUAUAUAUCGUCUCUAAUCAACGCUUGUCACACAAGCAGAAGGAAUUAGCUUCGUCACGCGCAACCGGCGCUGCGACAAAUCGCAGAUAAGAGCGCGACUCUUUGGGAGUUCAGUCUGCGCGUGUCUGGCCUGGAGGCACUUACAGGCUUGUCAUGUGGAGGCUCUUAAAGAGUGAAGAUGAGCUAAAGCGAAGACUUUGAUACUUGGAGAUUAGAGUCUGUUUACAAGACGUAACGUCGACAUCGACGUCGGAACGUCAAAAUGGAGGUGAGCACUAGCGGUUUCGCCAACGACACUCAUCUACCGGAGUCGCUGAGUCCGGGGGUUCAAGUAUUUUUGGUGUUGUUAUAUUCAGCCGUGUCAAUUGUUUCCGUCAUCGGUAACGGCAUGGUGUGCUACAUCGUCGUUACGACACGUCGUAUGCGAACUGUGACUAACUUUUUCAUCGCAAGUCUCGCUGUAAGUGACAUCCUCAUGGCAACCCUAUGUGUCCCGUUCACAUUUGUUGCUAACAUCCUUCUCGACUAUUGGCCGUUUGGAAUAGCCUUGUGUCCCCUUGUUACAUACCUCCAAGUGGUUGUGGUGUUCCUCAAUGCGUAUAUCCUUCUAGCCAUUAGCUUAGAACGUUACAUCGCCAUCAUGUUUCCCUUCAAACCCAGACUGCCUAAAAGAAAGUCGUUGUGGGUGAUUGCCGUUUGCUGGGCAUUAUCGUUGCUGACGCCGCUUCCUACUGCUAUAACGUCAAUGACGGUGAAGGACGAUAUCGACAACGUGACAUUGUGCCUGGAAGUUUGGCCAGUGCCCAAUCAAAAGUUUGCCUACAGUGUGGUCAUCAUGGUGCUCCAGUAUUUUGUCCCCCUCGGCGUGCUGAUCUUCACCUAUGGUCGCAUUGUCCACGUCGUAUGGCUAAAAGACGUACCCCCGGGAGAAUGCGAGGACACUACGGAUCCCAAGAAGAAGGUAAUCAAGAUGAUGAUAACGGUUGUGAGUAUCUACGCCAUUUGCUGGCUGCCGCUCCACGUCAUCACUUUAUGUGGCGACGUAGACCACACUAUCUACAACGCCGAAUACAUGAGAGUGAUGUGGGUUGGAGCUCACUGGCUGUCCAUGAGUAGCUGCGCCUAUAACCCGUUUGUUUAUUGGUGGAUGAACAAGAAAUUCAAUGAAAACUUCCGCCUUGUGCUUUUGAAACUCCACUGUAUAUGUGUCCGUCCUCCAAAGUUACAGUCAGGAAGUGACUUCGUGACCUUUCGGAACAGUCGCAGUUUCAGCGUUCCGGUUUCCGAGACGUUGUUGUCCACCAUCAACUCCAUCGACGACCGCCGUGAUCUCGGCUGACUGUGUUGUGCUUAUUUAUGUCUUGCGUCCGUUUGUGUGAGAUACCCAGAAGUCCUACAGGCCUGAAAACAUAUUCAAAUUCUGCGCGUGUCGUGUUCACAACAGGAGGCUAAACCACUCAGACACAUGCGUCUAACUGACAAUUUCAAAUAUACUACUCACACUUUGCUAAGGAUCACAAAAUUCACAACUUUACUUAA